AUGCAAGACGCAGUCGUCGAGACAGUUGUAACUCACACGCGGCGAACAACGACGUCGUUUGCACCCAUUCCAUUACCUCGUAUCCCCAUCCCAGAGUCGGUACCCAUGCCCUCUCAUCUCACAUGGGAGGAGGGGUAUCCACUCGCCGCUGAACCGACGCCGGACGAGCUCAAGUUUAUCGAGCUCAAGCUAGGCGACCGGAAAGUCAUCGUCCAGGAGGACGGUCACGUCCUACCUGCCGACCAGGUGCUUCGGAAGACGCUAAGCGGCCCAGGCUGGACACGCGAGCUCUCUUCCGUGGCUACCGAGCCUGAGCGCGUCGAGCACAUCGACCACGCGGUGGAGAUGGGCUUCAUGCAGUACAUCACGGCCAAGGGAAAGGAGAAGGAGACCGGGGGCAACAAGAGGCCUCACGACCCGAGCACACCCAUGCCCGUCGAUUCGGCGACGAUGCGCCCACGCUCCCCGCCCCGCAAGAAAAUCCGGCCUAGCGAGGGCAUGAUGAUGGACGACGGCGUGCCGGUCUCACCACCUUCCUCGCCAGACGACGAGAGCAUGUUCAAGGCCGAGUCACCGCAGAUCGGUUCGGGGUUCGAGAUGGCUGCGUUGUUUUCCCUCCCAGCGCUCCUCACGCACUUUGAGAAGCUGCCCGACAAGGUCCAGCAGCACGUGCUCAUGCACAUGUUCCGACGGUCACGAAUGCCCACGAUCCAGGCCAUCUCUGCAUUCGCCUCGACUGCGCUCAAGCGCGACUUUAUCACGCUCCUGCCCCACGAGAUUGCGGUGCAGGUGCUCAAGAAGCUCGACGUCAAGAGCCUCUCAGUAGCCGCCAACGUCAGCAAAGCAUGGCGCAAGAAGAUCGACCAGGAGCGCUCUGUCUGGCGGACACGUCUUGUCGAAGAUGGGCUAUGGUACGGUCACGGGGUUGAGGACGAGGAGGAGCAGAGCAUCCGCCGCCGCUACGAGGCGCUCGACCGGAGGGGCGGCAAGCGGCGCGUGUCCAAGGCCGGCACCCCGAGCGAGGACGAGCCGAUGUCGGUCGACCGACCAGCUAUGUUUGAGCGGUCCUCCCCAGUCCAGCAGCUGGAGCGCGCGACCCCCCUCAAGCACGUUUACCGAAGGCGGUUCACCAGCGAUCGCAACUGGCUCCAUGCGACGCCGCAGCACACGACGUUUGCCGGCCACGGCACCAACGUCGUCACGUGCGUUCAGUUUGACGAGGACAAGAUCGUGUCCGCGUCCGACGACCACUCGAUCAACAUCUACGACACGGAGACAGGGGCCUUACGGAAGCGCCUGGACGGGCACGAGGGCGGCGUGUGGGCGCUCGAGUACAAAGGCGACACGCUCGUGUCGGGUUCAACGGACCGCACCGUCCGCAUCUGGGACCUGGAGGACUUGGUGCAGACGCACACGUUCGCUGGUCACACUUCGACUGUACGCUGCCUUCAGAUCGUCGAGCCUGUGUACGACGAGGUGACCGGCGAGUUCCAGCCGCCUUACCCGCUCAUCAUCACUGGGUCGCGCGACGCUUCUCUGCGCGUCUGGAAGCUCCCCAAGAAGGGCGAGCCGGCUUACAAUGGCGCAGGGAACAACAGCCAGCCUCCUCCCCCUGAUGAGAACCCAUUCCACGUGCACCACCUCGAGGGCCACGGCGAGGCUGUCCGCGCGCUCGCGGCGCACGGCAGAAUUUGCGUCUCCGGCUCAUAUGACAAGACGGUGCGCGUAUGGGACAUUGUCAAGGGCACGUGUAUCCACGUGCUGCAUGGGCAUGAGGCGAAGGUGUACUCCAUCGUGUACGACAAGUACCGCAACCGCUGUGCGUCCGGGUCGAUGGACAACACGGUCAAGAUCUGGGACUUGGCGACGGGCAAGUGCCUCCAUACGCUGACUGGUCACACGUCGCUCGUUGGCCUGCUGGGCCUGUCGCCCAACCGGAUCGUUUCGGCUGCCGCGGACGCCUCGUUAAGAGUGUGGGACGCCAACACGUACGAACUCCAACACACCCUGUCGUCACACGCGGCGGCCAUCACGUGCUUCCAGCACGACGAGACCAAGGUCGUAUCCGGGAGCGACGGCACGUUGAAGCUCUGGGACAUCAAGACGGGCCGUUUCAUCUGCGAUCUGAUCACUGGCAUCUCGUCCGUGUGGCAGGUCGCGUUCUACGGCAACUUGCUGGUUGCCGCGUCUAACCGCAACGGCAAUACUGUAUUUGAUGUGUUCGACUUUGGAAAGAAGAGUGAGGUGGACCAUUCCGGGAUCGACGACGACAAGCUCGACCUGCUGCGCCGUGCGCCCUGGGAACGGGGGAACCCACACGAACCGCAGACCUACCAGGUUGAGGACGAAGGAGGGGACGACGAGGACGUGUUCUGUGUUGGGACCGAGGACGCGCUCUCUCCAAAGACGCACGAGAAAUGGCGUGCGAUGAGCGUCCGUUCACAACGGCCAGUGCGCCGCGGCCGGUCGCGCGUGGCCUCCAGCGGUCCCGGCGAUGGGCAGGGCUCGAAGCGCGCCUUUCGGCUCGGCGUCGCGUUCGGCGACCGCGGGCGCGAGGGUGACCGCCUGUCUACGCGCGAGGUGGGCGACCGCCUCUCCAGAGUACGCAGUGAGCCUGGCGCCACACGCACACGGGUAGGACCAUGGACGCAGACGCAGAUGUUCCAGUCUGCCGAGGCCAGCGGGAGUGGGAGUGCGAGUGGGAGUGGGACGGCGAGUGGGAGUGGGGCUGCGAGCGCGCCUGGCGAGGGCGAAGACGAAGGCGAAGGCGAGCUGGGGCUGUUGGAUGUCGACGUCAACAUGGGCAGGGAGGUCGAGUAG